AUGAUUGAAGGUUUUGAUGAUCCCACAUAUAACGGAGAAAGUGCUAGUGCACGCUCGUUACUGCGAAGUACGACAUUGGUGGCGCGGCGUUUAGAGCAGGCGUAUGCAGGCUGUGCUGUGCUGACUUGCACAUUAUGGCUUGUGUUCCCUGUGCUGCACAGACUGUCUGGUAAUCCUGUGCAAUUCGCUUUCUGGACCGGUAUUGACACAGACCCACCAGUGAUAACGGCUGCGUUAUUGCAAGACAUCUUUGGAACAGCGAUACUAGUACAAUUUGGUAUAGGAGGUUGGAUUCUUUGCAUGGCUGCCUACAAGCUCGUCAGUCUUAACAUAUUGAGUAUUGAAUUCGCGUCCAUGACACUGUUCAUUCUCUGCAUACUCACAGAAUUAUUUCUAUACUGUUAUUACGGGAACGAACUUACUGUUGAGAGUGAGCUCAUAGUUCGGUCGGUGUAUUCAAUGAAGUGGGUUAGUUCUCCGCUGCGUUUCCAAAGACUGUUGCUUCUUCUCAUGCUGCGUGUGAGACGUACCCUUCGCCCAGCCGCCGGCCGAGUCAUACCACUAUCACUUGACACAUUCGUUAAGAUUUCUAGUAAAGAUAUGUUGAGAUGUCUUAAUAUCGAGCGGCAUGUUGCACCAGUUAGAAGAGAAUGCUUUAGUCUCAAGUAUUUGUCAAUAAGCGAACAAAAUUCCAUCUCAAGAGACAACGACAAUGAUGAGAGCCAGCAAGUCUCGGAGGCAUUAAUUAAUUUGGAAUCCAAAACUAUGAGUAGAACAUCUCGCCGUCUCCUCGCUUGGAAGUACCUGCAAUGUCACAGCGAUAUAUCAAUUAUAAUGAAACAUAUACUCGACAAUAAUCAGUGUCAUGCGGAGUGCGAUUGCAUCAUUAAUGCUGUAAGUUUUGGAUCGUAUCCUGUCAAUAGUGUAAAUGAACCAAUUAUAUCCAAUCUGUAA